AUGGGAUACGCUGAAUGGUAUAAGUUAGAUAUUCUUAACGACCGCUCGCGGCUUGCCUAUGAGAAAGUUCUCUCCUAUCAUUCCGACUACUUCAACACCCUUUUCAAUUCGGAAUUCAAAGAAAAAUCGAUGAAGGAAAUCCCUAUUAAUGAUGUCAAUUCCGAAGAUUUCACAGCUCUUUUGAGUCUUGUUCAGGAUAAUCCAAUUUGGCCGAACGAGAAUAAUGCCGAAAAUCUUCUGGAACUUGCUGAUCGAUUCCUUCUUCUUCCAUCUGUCAAACAUACUCUUGAACUAUUCAUCAUUUCCUCUAAAAUCGAUGGACCGCAUAAGCUUCGAAUAGCUCAGAAGUAUCAAAUGGAUCAGCUGGAGAACAAAGCAAUCAAAUCUUUCGUUGAUUUCAAUUGUUUCAAGAAACUAGCCGAACUUUCAUUUUAUCAGAGUUUAUCUUAUGAUACGAAAAUUAAACUUUUUGAAAAAAUGUUUUCGUUAAUUAAAGAAUAA